AUGACCACAGAUAUCAUACUGGACCUUCUGAGUGAAGAGUUGAAAGUCCAGGCCUUCAAGUCUUGCCUGGAGAGACUCAGGACAGCCCAACCGCUUGAUCUCGAAACUCUAAGGGUGUGUAUCAAGCUUAGGCCGUCUGAAGACGCCACAGCCAAACCCGGCUCUUCGGUCAAGACGACCCAGUCCGCCAGUCCAUUCUCGGCUUCUCAGGACCAAGAAGAUGCAAGUGCAACUGCACGCCUUGUCGAGAAGCAAACACUCAAUGCGUCACUAUGCGACCUACUUCUCGUUCGCAUUCCACACGAGAAAGUAGACUCAAAUCAUCUCUACAGACUGGCUGAAAUCUUGUGUAGUGACGGCCCUUUUGCACAUCUGCUGUUCAGAAACAACAUUAAUAAGGCCCUUGCUGCACUGGUACCGCAGCUGUCCGGACACGCUCAUGACGAGCAUGUGCAUGAUGAUCAUGAACCUGAGAGCAACUUGCGACAAGCUGCUCGUACAGCAGCAAGCUACUUGACGCUCAUCAAGUGCUCUUACUGGCUCCCGAGUGAUCGUAGCCACAUCAUUGAUCAAGGCUCACUAGAACUCUUAUCACGCUUCGUAGGCCUAACCGCGACAACUGAAAUUGCACUUGAGGCCAUUUCUGCGUUCCUUUCGCUCUUAAAGAGAGGAGAGCCAGUCGUGGUAGCACCCACGACAACGGACACUGAAUCGUGGUUGAGGUUCGAAUCUAGCACUGGACAAGUAGUGUUGUCGGGCUCCAUCAUUGAUAGCUCUCUGUGGGACCAGCUCACCACUGUGGAGCUCAGCUAUCAAACGAAAAGUGAGUCGGCCGUCCCUUGCAAGCAGCCAAGUAUGGUCUUCCGAGCAUGGUUUCAAUGGAUCUCUCAAGCCGUCAUCGACGACCUGCAACUCGACUGCCUGCAAAAUAAUCUCUAUUGGGAGAGGCUUCGGACAGGCUUACUAUAUGGACACGCUGAUCAGCGGAAGUACUGCAUCGGGAUCAUUAGGCAGUCACUGCUUGCGGCGCAGCGCGACAUAGAUACGGAUUUCAUCCGUUACUGCCUCACCGAACGUGUUGCGUAUCUAAAAGCUUUCGAGCAGUACUCUGCCCUCUUCGAGACAAUCGUACUCGAUCGAUAUGCGAACCAGGUUCAGGCAUGUCUACCAGAGUUGACAAAACUACUCGAAGCCAAACUCACGCCGAUGAUGAUAAGUACGUUGCUUUCGGCUGCCCUCAGCCCUAUGGUUCAGGAUGGAGUCCGCAAGCUCGUUGGCAACUGGUAUAUGGAACAUGUCAUAAAGAUUCAAGGCAAUAUCGAGGGACAUUUGCAAUUUCUUCUCGACGGCUUUCUUCCAUGGGCUACCACGGGUGAGUUGUUCACAACCACCGUUGUCGCUACUCGAGAGAGCACUGUUUCAGUGCAUGGCAUGUCUUUGUCAAACCUCAUUGCUCGGUUUGUCUAUGACUCCCAAGUAACCACUCGUCGUGCCAAUUCGAGGGAAUCAAAUUCGCCCGUUGUGCAAUCAGCAGCGGUCGAUAGGCGAGCAGUCAUCAUCGGCGUGCUUGACUUCAUUCUCGAUUCUGAAGGCAAGAUGUUCCAGUUCUCUAUACUGUACCUCUUGGAAGGCUUGGUGAAAGGCCUUCAAAUGUGUGCAGAAGAUUUACCAUUAGGCGUUCCCCUGACUUCUGCUGAGAUUGACAAGAUCUCGCGCAUCUCACGUCUUCCUGGACUUCCGGAGAUUGCCGGCGAUUUAUACAGAGAGUAUUGUGCACAAAUCUGUGAUUUGACCAGCUCAGGCUGGAGGGACAUCGACAUGCUAGCUUACCAGCAAAUCCUACACGGAGCACUCAAAUUGACAACACCCGUCGAGUCAAGAGCCAGGGUGGAAAACAGCGGGCCACGCGCAGAAUCACCGAUGACAUUACAGGACAUACGCAAUGACCUAGAGUCGUCACAUCACCACUGCAUCCAAGGAGAAAACUUCGCGAUCAUGUGCAAGAAGCUGACGAAAAUACUUGAUCGGACAGACUCUACUUCAAUCAGUUAUUCGGAUCUCUAUCUCAUCCUAGAUGCCUUCUGGGAGGAGACAGAUCGGCGGCAAUUCAUCAGACCUGUUGCCAUACACAUACCUCGUCUACUUUUUCACCCUACUUGUGCACAAGUUUGCAUUGCGCAACAGUCGGAGCUGGAUGGGGCAACAUCAAACCAUGAUUUAAGUGCUUUGCUCUUGAAGGCCCUGGACCGUCUUCAAAGCCUUGCUGAGGGUAGAAUAUACAUUCUUUCUACGCUCGCAAUGUCAGUCCGCCGGGCUGUCCUGGCCUAUCCUGAGCUUAUUGGAGUGCUUCAGCUCGAAACAUACAUCUUACACUUCCUGAACAAUCCGCCAACAAUCAAGUCCGAGUUUUUGUUCGAGGUCAUUGCUGCGGAGAAGCUCCAGCAAACGCGACCCCACAGGUCUUACAAAGCGUAUUACGGUUCAAGAGAAUGGUACGCAUACGCUGCAAUAUUCGAUCUGCUACAGCACUUUCCCGAGCAGCAAACAGAAGCCGCCAAACGGGUGUUUGAUAGCCUACUCGAACCGUGGAAGAACCAACGUCCUGGAGCUCCAAUCAUAAGCAGGUGGAAGAAUGUGCUUCAACUACAAGCUAUGCUGUUACUAGUCGACUUCUGUGUGCCCUUAUCCGAUGCGGAUACAUAUUUGACCUAUCUUAGGCACGCUUUGACUCUUGAGGCGUGGCCUCGUUACAGGUUUCUACUUGAAUGGAUCACAGCCCGGAUCUACAACCGCUGUCCAGGCAAAGCUUCUCAGAUUCUUGAAGACUUCUCUAAGCUGGAUGAGAACAGUUCGACUCAUAUAGCCAGUCUCAUGAAGUUGGCAGUUUUGGUUGCUCCGCUGGAGAGCGAGAACUUUUCCGUCACGUAUAUGAACCAUUUAACAAGCUUGGCUGCAAGCCCGAAGGUCCAGAUAAGGCAUGAGUCGAAUUAUGCCAUUCCAAUCAUCUUUGAUCUCGCUUCAAGUAGGAACUGGAAGAGAAUUACAGACAAUCCGCCUAUUCGAAAUCUCGACGGUUUCAUUCGGAGUUUGGACAAGUUUCAAGCCACACCAUGGACAAUCCGGACCCUGAAGCUCGAUGCUGUAGACGACUUUACGCUAGUAAACAUAAUUCAGGGCCAGUAUCUUACCAUCGAAUCACCAGAGAAAGCUCGAGUUGCGUAUGAGGACUUCAUAGCACUUCACGAGGACGAUCGUAUGUCUGGUGUGGCCGUUCCACCUGAGCGCAUACCGUUGGGAGAACGUUUACCCUCCAAGAACGUUACAGACAACCAAGUAACCCGUGUUGCACCACAACAAGCCGUCAGCCGGCCGACUGGUGCGUCACCAACCUUCUUCCAGACUAAAUCCGGCUUCGACCUGAGUUCUCUACACCCGCAUGCCGGCCCACCGAGCGAACAAAACCAACGGCCAGCUUCUGUAAUCCUGGUAGCGUCACUUAUCGAAAACUGUACCAACGUGGGUGGUCUCUCACGUGUGGCUGAAAGUUUUGGACUGGAGGCUCUAUACAUUGGAGAUUUGCGGCAGACUGCGCACAAGGACUUCAAAGCCACGAGUGUGACCUCGGAGAAGCACUUCCCUAUCCACGAGCUCAAGGCUGGAGGCGUACCGGACUUCCUAAUUGCCAUGAAGAGAAACGGUUAUGUCGCUGUUGGCAUUGAGCAGACGGACCAAAGCAGCAUAUUGGGGACCGAGGACACUGGAAAUGCUAGCCUUGGAAUUUUACCGCGAAAAUGUGUCUUGGUGCUUGGAAGCGAAAAGGGGGGCAUCACUGCAGAGGUUCUGGCGGCUCUCGAUCGUUGUGUGGAGAUCAGGACGGUCGGGGUGACCAGGAGUCUAAAUGUCCAGACUGCGGGAGGUAUUGCAUUAUACGAGUGGUGGAGGAAAUGGUAUGGCAAGCACUAG